AUGGAGGCCGCCGCCGCAUCGUCGUCACAGGCUCGGGGCUGGUCGUCUCUCCCGGCGGACGUGCUCGUCCUGAUUCUGGGGAGUCUGCGGUGGUCGAGCCACCCGAUCGUCGCGUUGGUGUGCCGGCACUGGCGCUACGCCGCGUCGCUGUGUCCCUUUUACCCGGCGUGGAUCACGCCGCUCCUGCUCAACACCGCCGAGGUUGGCACCGCCAACAUCCGAUACUAUAGCCCCUACUACGACAAGAACUUCGAGGUCGACGACACUCUGAAGGUGCCUGGCGCGAAAAUCUGCUGCUCCACCGGACGACACCUCAAGAUGCGCGUGGAUAAAUCCUCGGUGUUUGAUAUCGACCUCGUCAGCGGCGUCCUCGUUGAAGUGUUGCCACAAAAACCUUAUGCGCUGUUUAAUUUUGUUGUCUCCGACCGUGAUGAGAGGCUAUUUGGUAUAGAGGCGAUGUUCACAAUUGAGGUUGCUAGUGCCAUCCGAACAAACAGUGACGAGUGGGAGGACUGGAAUUUGGCGGAGAACAGUCCCGACUGGUCGCAACUUCAGGCAUCGCCGGGCACCAAUCCAGUUCUCCAUAACAGCUUGCUAUACCUUCUAGCUCAAGAUGGAAGGUUAGCAGUUUAUGAUCCUUGCAGGCACCAUGAAGGAUUUAAGAUUCUUGACAAGCCUAAUAGCUUCGGUUUCAAAUGUGAAGACAGCUACUUGCUCGAGUCCAACCAAGGUGAAUUAAUGGUUGUAGCGAUUGAACGACGUGGGAAGAAGGUCCAUCUCGUCAAGCUUAACGAGCAAAGCAUGGAGUGGGAGAAGGUAGAUAGCUUGCAUAGCCAGACAGUGUUCACCGGGUCUCUAACAACGAUGAUGAAGAAGACCAAGUUUAACUGGAUGCAGAAUAUGAUAUUCCUUCCAAGAUUCUACCAGUGGCCUGAGACCGUCCACGUUGACCUUGUUGCUCGCGAUGGCGAAUUGGCAUUUGUACCAAAGUUACCGUUCUGCGCAGAUACGUACCUUGAUACAUGUGGUACAAACAUCUGGUCUUAUGAAUUAGCACACGGAGCAGCAACAAAAGAAUUUUGGGGGACAGAGAGGGCAGAUUACAGUAUAUGGGUUGACUUUGGUGAUAAUUGA